AUGUCUUCCGCAUCCCGUACCUUUGAGUACAAGCCUAUGAAGGGGUUCUUCGGCCACGAGGACGACCCGGAAGCCUGGUCAGAAUGGCCAGCAACCGGUACCACUCCGGCAAUCACCAAGAAAUGGCGAGCUAAAACGAGGAAAGGUCUUGACUUAGGUAAAGCCAAAGAGCCUAAUGACUUUUUUCGCCAUGUAGAAGGGGCCAUGGUGGACGACGGCGAAGGGGGAAAAGUCGCUUCUUGGCAGUCAUUCGCCGACCACCUGGAGAAGUUGAACGAGGAAGGCAAGGGCAAGGCCAUCUACAAGCUGAUCAUCCUCAUCCGACACGGGGAGGCCGCCCAUAAUUUUGCGGAAAAAGUGACAUACGCGGGUUCUACUACAUGGAACGAUGAGGAAGCCUUUAAUCCAAGGUGGAAGGAUGCCGACCUGACCCUGAAAGGGCAGAGCCAAGCUCGCGAGUUGAACACAUCCUAUAGUGGGUGGAUCGAGGACCUGAAGAUGCCAACACCGCAGGCCUACUUCACCAGCCCGCUCAAGCGCUGCCUCGAUACGACCGAGCUAGCCUACUCGGGUCUCAAAGUGCCAGCAGACCGUCCCUUCAAGCCCAUCGUGAAAGAGUUUCUGCGCGAGACCCUCAACCGACACUACUGCGACAAGCGCUCACUCACAGGGGCCGACAUCAAGAAACACUACCCCACGUAUGAGAUCGAGGAAGGGUUCACCGAUGAGGACGAGCUGUGGAAGAAGGAUGAGCCGCGGGAGACGAAGGAGGCCAUGACGAAGCGUGCUAAGAAGCUGCUGGAUGAUGUCUUCAGCGGUACGGACGCGGCUAUUGUCUCUUUCACUGCGCAUUCGGGCAUGGCGCGAGCCCUGUAUGAUGCUGUCGGUGCAAAAAGGAUAGCUCUGGAUGAGGCUGCGAUGCUUCCCCUGUUCGUCAUGGCGACAGAGGUCAAGCAGGGGGAAGUGGUCAAGGAGGCGGAAGUGGUCGAGUAG